CCUAUUAUAGCUCAGCCUUCCCAGCCCUACCUGCCCAAACCAAGCUCGGUGGCCAUAUAUACAACCUCCAGGAAUCACUUCACUUUAUCUUUUAAAUCUUGGCUUUGUUCCGCUCACCAUGUCUCAGAGCUGGCCCGCUCACAACGCCUGGUACAGCGUGCCCGCACAGGACGUGAAUUAUAACGGCGUACAAGUAAUCCCUUCCAUGGUUCCUCAGCAACCCACAAUAAUCCAGCAGCUUCCAUUCAGCCCAUCACUUUCUCAACCAAUCAGACCGGGCCGUGCAAAAGAAGAUUUAGUUGAACUGAUGAUGAUCCAGAAUGCUCAGAUGCACCAGGUUAUAAUGAACAACAUGACCAUGUCAGUGCUGUCAAACUUUGGGUAUGGACUACCCGAGAAGCCCCCCAAAUCCAAUGUAGUACCAGUACAAAUGGAGGAGGACCAGCCAGUGGUUUAUCACCAUUAUGAGCCAUAUCCAUCAAUGUACCCAUAUUAUCCAACAUAUCCUGCCUGGCAAGAACAGAGGCCGUUACCUCACCGAGAACCGACCGUCAGGCACAUAGAUAUACAGCCUCACACACCAACUCACGUCGGAGACCAACGGGCCGUACCACCACCACCCCCUCUCAGCGCUACGGGGACUGUAGGUGCUGAUGUCCCACCAGCUUCAGAAUAUUAUGACUUGGCGGAAGGCAGAUUGUAGCAGCACCAGGUGCCUCCUUGAUGGCCAGAUAGGAAAUGUUUCCACCUGUGCACAAGGAUAUGGCACUGAUAUACAUAUUCACCUAUACUGAAUGGACUCACAUCCUAUUGCAAAUAAGCAAAGGGGUUGUCUCGGAACCUCCAUAAUUAACAACUCUUUGAGAAUUUAAAAUUGUGCCCUGUACAUUUUUUUUUGUUGCUUUAUAUAAAAUUGGAUAUGAAUUCAAUUGAAAAUUGAUUGCCUAAAUGUAAUGGAUAUAUUUACUUACUUAUAUUUAAUUUCACCUAUAGACCUUUAAUGUAUAUUUGGGGGAGAAGUUACCCAUCCUUAUCUCCUUGUAAAUCUACAUCAUCAACAAUUGAUUAAAUUUUUAAGUACUAUAUUUAUUUUACAUGGAUAAAUUGGGAUAAGAACUGGUUUAGUACAGAUGGUCACUUAGCAUUUAUGUGGGUUUGUUCAAUAAGAAUUAUUGAAACCAAUUCUGUUUAUUUCUCUGUUAUUUUGGGGUAUGGUAAGCCAGGUAACUAUGGUCACUGCACUCUGUGGACAUAUAAGGUGGGGUUAAUAGUGUUUGCUCUUGUACUGAAAAGAGUCUUAAACAAUAAACUGUCUCGAUGUGUUUUGUCAAGG